GAGCAGUCACUGUUGUGAUAUAGAAAACAUGGUCAAUUUGUAAUAAACAAUAUGUCAUAUGAUAAUGACCAGAUAAUCUGUUUCUAAAGGUUUUGUUUGAGGAUUUGGUGAAGACCCCAGAGAGAGUUCUGUGCUCUUCAUUGAAUAAUAGCAUAGGAUCUUUCAAAUUCAUUCAAGGGGGCAGAUGUGGUCUGGGGUUUAAUGCCUCAUUUGAAACAUGGCACCUCCAACAAUGCAGGGAAAGGUUAGGGAGCAAUUGUAAAGAAAUGAAGGCCUUACCGAUUGCUGCUUUGCAAUAAAGAUACUUUCUUGUUCAGAAGCAUCUUUUUUGGCGUUUUCUAAAAAGACUGACCAAUUUCUGCUUGUAGUUGAUUUAUAGUCAGCAUUGCAGUGUCUGUAGUUUUUUUUCUUCAGUUUCUUGAGUGAUAUUUUAAUUUUAGGUGUGAGUGUUACUUCUCUUUAACACCUCUAUCCAUGUCCCAUUCAAGAAUGUCACUUAGCUAAAGUACCAGCCUAUAGAUUUCUUGCACUUUAUAUCCUCGAGAAGAGACAGUUAAAUUAAAGAAACUAAUCAUUACAAAUCGUUAAACAUGUUUGGGAUUGUGCCUUGUCUUAACUAAGGUUGGUUUACAUGAAGGAACAUAACUAAAUAUCGAUUGAGGAGGGAGUGAGAUAAACAGGCCAAGGAGCCAGUUUCAAGACAUAAAAUGCUUAUCUUUAUUUAUUCUAUUUUGUUGGUGCCAUUGAUUUCCUUUUCCCUAUCUCCAGAUCCAGAUUCUCCUGUGGGUUUUGUAGUGGGUGUUGAUCGAUUACACAUAGCCCCUCUUGAUGGUGCUGUGUUCCUGCCUUAUUCUGAUCUCCUGGAGCCCACCAUUCAAGCUCAAAUCCAGAAAUCCCUGCCGACGGGAAUGGCUGAGGUGAUCCUCAGCGAUAUGGCACCAAAUGCCAGUGGGAUCCGUGAACUGGACCAGCAGCGACUGGCUGAGCUAUGCUUGUGUGUUGUGGGACUGGCCAGGAGGGUCCUGAGUCCUGGUGGCACCUUGCUUUGUAAAUUCUGGGAUGGCACUAACAGCCGCCUCAUCCAAAAGCGACUCACAGAAUUGUUUAGAGAUGUGAAGACUUUGAAGUUGGCUGCAAGUAGGAAGGAAUCAUCAGAGAUCUACUUUUUAGCAAAGCACUACAGGAAAAGUUGAUGGUUCAGAGUGACUGUUUAUGCUCAAGGAAAUUUCUGCGGCAAUCUAACAAUUUUUGAGAGAGUUUGCUUAUUUACAUUUUCUCCCUAUCCUUCUAUCAACUUUUGCCCCUUAUGCUCAGGCUGACAGUCCACCACUUGGUUAGAGUGAAAAAAUUGCAUUUCUAAAAUGUCCUGACCACUGAACCUUUGCUAUAAGUCACAAAGUAGUGCUUUUGAAGUGUCAUCAUUGUUGUAAUGUAGAAAAUGUGGCAGCAAAUUUACACAGAGCAACUUCCUACAAAAAGCCAUAUGACAAUGAGAAGACAAUUCUGAGGGUGGCAAUAGUCUAUUGGUAUUAUCACUGGACUAUAAAUCCAGAGACCCAGAUAACAUUCUGGGGAAAAGGGUUCAAAUCCCACCACGGCAGAUGGUGGAAUUUGAAUUCAGUAAAAUAUUUGGAAUUAAGAAUUUAGUAAUAGCCAUGAAUCCAUUGUCGAUUGUUGCGGGAAAAAACCCACCUGGUUCACUGAUGUUCUUUAGGGAAGGAAACUGCCAUUCUUACUUGGUCCAGUCUACGUGUGACUCCAGACCCACAGCAAUGUGGUUGAUUCUGAACUGCCCUCUGGGCAAUUAGGGAUGGACAAUAAGUGCUGCCUAGCUAGUGAUGUCCUCAUGCUGUUAAUGAAUAAAGAAUAAAAAAAAUCUGCUUUUGUGAUAAAAGCUGAAAGUUCUGGAGAAAACCAAGAGGUUUGGCAGCAUCUGUGGAGAGAAAAAUAAAGUUAAUGUUUGGAGUCCAAUUUGAUUUUACAAUAGUGUCAUUAUUGGAUUGAAAACAUUAACUCUAUUCCUCUCUGCUGCCAGACCCGCUUAGUUUUUACAGCACACUGAUCCAUGUUAGGAGUCAGCCCUCUCUUGGUAGGUUGCAUUCUUAUCAGAAGGUUAUGGGUUCAUCUCACCCUCCAGAAAUGAGCACUGUGUAAGCUGAUACUCCCAGUGCACCAUUAAGGUCCUUCUGUACUGUUGAAGGUGCUACCUUUUGAAUAGCUAUGAAAGGGACACCCCAUCUGUCCACUUAGGAUGUAAAAGAUCAUGUGGGAUUUUUCAAAAAAAAAAGAAUUGGUAGGGUCCUGGCUAAUAUUUAAUCAAUGAACACCUUGCAUUGUUGUUCAUAGGAUCUCUGUUCAUUUUUUUUUCAUUCAUAGGAUGAGGGCAUUGCUGACUCGGCCAGUGUUUAUAACCCAUCCCCAUUUGAGUCAACCAGAUUGCUGUGGGUCUGGAAACAAACGUAGGCCAGAUCAGAUAAGGAUGGCAGAUUCCUUCCCUUAAGAGCAUUAGUGAACCAGCUUUUCUUUUUUCCUGACAACAGUUUCAUGGUCAUCAUUAGACUCUUAAUUCCAGAAUUUUAUUGAUUUCAAAUUCCACCAUCUGCCAUAGUGGGAUUUGAACCUGCGUUCCCAGGUCAUUACUUGGGUCUCUGGAUUAACAGUCCAAUGAUAAUACUGCUAGGCUAGUGUCUCCCCAAACCACAAAUUUGCUGUAUCCUUUCCUUAUUACAACUACAGAAUUACUUUGUUAGGCUAUAAAAAACUUCAUGGCUCCUCAAAGCUGUUAGAUGUCUUUAUACUGCAUCGUUUUUAAUGCUAUAUGCAUUUUUAUGUGAACUUAAACCAUUUUCUUGUUCAGCAAUGGAAACUGUGUAAUUCAGCUGUGUAAUCCUGAUUGUAUAUUACCUUCUGAUGGUACAAAAAUCAUAUACAAUUCUAACAAAAACUUUUCUUCAAUGUUUGAAAUAUCUGUAAUCUAUUAAAGCAUCAUUUUGUUUUCAAAAUUUGAAUCACAGUAUAUUCUAAUGCUGGAAAAUGUACCAAUACACAAAUAUAGAAUUUGUAUGAAAUAUCUUUUCUAAAAAUAUAGUAACAUACUUGG